AUCAGACAAGAAGUUACUAUUCCAUUCCACCCUGUCAUUUCUCCUCAAUUCCUCAAUUCCCCCAAAAAAGGCGGAAACUUUUAUCUUUUCCCUUUUUACAACUAAUAACAUAAAUUUUCAAUAAUCAGCACAAUCACCAUCGCCAAUUUUCUCUCUCCUCCUCUAAUCGCCGAUCAAACACCCACAAAAUUCAAUCACCGGCGAUUUGCUGAGGAGAGAAAAAUCGCCGAAUUAUCUUCUUCAUCCUCCAAUAAUGGCGAUACUCUAUUCUCUUAUAGCUCGAGGAUCGGUUGUAAUGGCGGAAUUCAGCGGAACAACUACAAAUGCGAGUACAAUUGCGAAACAGAUUCUUGAGAAGAUUCCUGGUGAUAGUGAUACUCAUGUUUCUUACUCGCAAGAUCGUUACAUUUUUCAUGUUAAACGGACUGAUGGCCUCACAGUUCUUUGUAUGGCUGAAGAUAAUGUCGGACGAAGAAUUCCAUUUGCAUUUCUUGAAGACAUACAUCAAAGGUUUGUAAAGGCUUAUGGUCGAGCUAUACAUACAUCACCUGCAUAUGCCAUGAAUGAUGAAUUUUCAAGGGUGCUAAGUCAACAGAUGGAUUAUUACUCAAAUGACCCAAAUGCUGACAGAUUAAACCGAUUGAAAGGUGAAAUGACUCAGGUGCGUAAUGUCAUGAUUGAGAACAUCGAUAAAGUUUUAGAUAGGGGGGAGCGCCUAGAGCUUCUUGUUGAUAAAACGGCUACAUUGCAAGGCAAUACUCUUCGCUUCAGAAAGCAAGCUCGACGCUUCAGAAGCACCGUCUGGUGGAGAAAUUGCAGACUCAUGUUUACCUUGAUUUUUGUUCUUCUGAUCAUCAUAUACAUUGUGCUUGCCUUUGUCUGCCAUGGACCUUUGUUGCCUUCCUGCUUUUAAGUAUAUGUGGCUGAGACUUCAGAUCGGUGCAUUAAGGUUGCUGGGUUAUAUCCUGUAUUUUCCUUAUGGUAAUGAUCAAAUUUUCAAAAAAAAAAAGAAUCUACUAUUUGCGAUUGAGAUACUCAACCAGGCAUAUAGGAUAUCAACUUGUUGAGUUAUUGCUCUAUUUGUGUAAAUUUGAGUUUUCUCCGUCUUUUCUCUGAGUUAUUGAAAGUGGUGAGGUGUUUGUUGUAGAUGGACUUUGACUGCAGAAGCCAAAUGUAUGAUUGUGAACAAAGUAAUUUUUGUUUGACAACAUGUCAUACAAAUUAAUUAUAUUUGCGCAUUAAGAGAUGCACUUGAUUCUCCUAUUCCUCCCUUGCCUUUAGCUUUCUUUUACAAUAAAGGAUUAAAUCUGUUCUUUUAAUUUUGCUACAUUGCAAAAAUAAAAGUGAGCUUUUUGUAUUAUGUAGUAAAAUCAAAGAGAGAGAGUGCGUGUAAUUGUUUUCUAUCAUAUGGUAUGCUAAUCAAUCAUUAUAGUCUAUAGAA